UCAUCAGAAAGAAAAAAGUCAUAUAGGCUACCUACACCUAGGAUGGUUUGAGGACAGCAGACGCAGAGUCCGCUGCAGCUCAAACACUAUAGGAGAACCUUCUGUCAGUCAGCAGAACAUAGUUUGAGCUUUUUCAAGAGUUCAAGAGUUUUUUGGAUUGAGUUUUACAGUCCAAACAAAGGCUAAAGAUGAACAAUAAGGAUACGAUCUACGACAACGUUUCUCACGUGAACCGUGGUUUCCAACAUGAGGAGCAGCGGCCUCCUCCAUAUGCACCUUCUGGAAUAUACCCUGCUUUACCUCAGUACCCUGUUCCCCAAAACCCGCAGUUUCUAGACCCGGAUCCCUCUCCACCAUACCCUUCAGAGAGAUACUCACCUGCUCAGAGCCUCCAUCGGUAUGCUCCUCAAACAGCACCUGUUAAUACCUUCAACACGACCACACCUGGACUCCAACGUGACACUAGACUAGUUCGCAAAGCUUCCAGAAGAAAAAAAUGGCAAUGGAUCAUUGGCACAGUCACCAUGCUGCUGGUCAUUGCUGGGAUCAUACUUGCGGUGCUUUGGUUUUAUGGUGUGUUUGAUUGUUUGCAAGGGCGGCUCUGUAAAGCAGAUAACAAAUGCAUCAGCUAUUCACGGUGGUGUGACGGUGUGGUGGACUGUCAGUCGGGAGAAGAUGAAGCUUAUUGCUUUCGUCUGUAUGGAUCUAAUUCCCUUCUUCAGAUGUACUCAAAUGUGAGACAAAAAUGGGAGUAUGUGUGUUCAGAUAGAUGGAACGACAACCUCGGAAAGCAGGCAUGUGAGGAGAUCGGAUAUGAGAGGAAAACGUAUGCGGGUUAUGUGGAAAUUGACCCUAGAGCAUCACUGGACUAUGUGGUGAUGAAGACAGAUUCUCUCAGCACUUCUAAUCUGAAUGUGUCCAGUAGUUUUCUCAGUAAAAGUUCAGAUUGUCCAUCUAACAAAGCAGUGGCACUCGAAUGUAUUGAAUGUGGACAGAGCAGUGGGAGCCGAAUCGUGGGUGGAAGCACGGUGAAUUCGAAGGGGGUGUGGCCAUGGCAGGUCAGCCUGCAAGUUUCUGGAAGGCAUUUGUGUGGCGGGUCCAUCAUUACCCCGUACUGGAUCGUCACUGCAGCUCACUGUGUUCAUCAGAUUUCAAAUGCAAGGGACUGGACUGUGUAUGCUGGAUAUCUGACUCGUAGCGAGAUGCGGUCCACCACCGGCAAUUCUGUAAGCCAAAUUGUCAUGCACAACUUUGACCCGAGAACCAACGAAAAUGACAUUGCACUGAUGAAGCUUAACCAUCCACUCAUGAUUACAUUGAACGUCAGGCCAGUGUGUUUGCCCAAUAAAGGCAUGUACUUCUCUGCUCCGCGGGAAUGUUACGUCACCGGAUGGGGUGCACUGUAUAGUGGAGGAUCUUCCUCAGAAACCCUACAAGAAGCCAAAAUUCAGCUAAUCGACAGAACAACCUGUAACAGUCGACCUGUGUAUGACGGACAAAUAACAGACACCAUGAUCUGUGCUGGCAAGCUGCAGGGUGGCGUGGACUCCUGUCAGGGGGACAGUGGGGGUCCUCUGGUCACAAAGGAGAAUUCUCUAUGGUGGCUGGUUGGGGACACUAGCUGGGGUGAUGGAUGUGCUUUCAGGAACAAGCCCGGAGUCUACGGGAAUGUGACCUACUUCCUUGACUGGAUAUAUGUACAAAUGCGGAAAUAUUAGCUUUUUUAUAUACAAAGAAGUUUUGAGAAGAGCAACUGAUCCAAACCAAUGAAACCGUGACUGUGUCCAGGAGACUUUUUUUGUAUUUGUGUUUUUGCUUAUUUUACUUUUUGUUAAUAAUGUUUUCACAUAAAUCCAUUUAUUUAUUUUCACUAGUGCCAAUGAAGUGAAUGUUACAAUAUGCACUCUUCUAAUUUUUUAUGUAUGUUUUAUAUAAAGAACACAAUUGUACAAAUGACUUCAUAAAAAUCCGUACCUGAUGAUGCUGUCCUACGUCACUGGAAAAAUUUCUGUCAUCUGGGUUUCUUUGCUAUUGCAACAAUUCAUAUUUACAUUCUUACUGUAUUUGACAAUAAAACAGGGUGUGAUAGGGCAAUACAACCACUCCCAUCAGCACUGUGGACCGACAGACUGUAUUGCAAAUGAGUUAUUUUAAUAUAGAGCAUUAUAGAUAGUUGCAAUUGUUUUUUGCAAAAAAAAUUAUAUAAAUGUAUUAGGGAAAGUAUAUAUCCUAGGUCCUUUUUUCACCAUUUUUAAUCACUGUUUUUGCCUUCACAUUAAAUUAUUUUCUAUAAAUAAACAUUUUUAACUUG